UUUAUUUAUUCAACCUUGUCGCAGAAGGUUUCAAUUUACUUGGAAUCUAAAACUCCCGGUCCGUUCGGAAUGGACGAGGAGAACAAUGCUGUGAAAUUAAGAAGGACAUGGAUAAAAACAAGCGACAGAACCAGGGGCCGGAGAUACGAAUGGCAAGUACUGUUUUUUCACUUCUUAUUCUCGUUGUUCUGCCCGACGCUCUCUGAGCAGCUUCGCUAUGCGAUUCCUGAGGAAAUGGCCAAAGGUUCCCUUGUGGGGAACCUUGCCAAGGAUUUGGGGAUGAAUGUCAGAGGAUUGUCAUUCCGGAGCCUCCGUAUUGUCUCUAGUUCAAAAAGGCAGUAUUUCGCCAUUGGUGCAGAAACUGGAAACCUAAAUGUAAAUGACAGAAUAGACCGAGAAGAAAUAUGUGGAAAAUCUCCUCUUUGUGUUCUAAAUCUCGAAAUGGUAAUUGAAAACCCUUUCAACGUUUUUCAUGUGAUUGUAGAAAUCCAAGAUAUUAACGAUAAUCCGCCGUAUUUCACCAGAAGCAAUGUUGAUUUUAAAAUAAGUGAGUCCGCACUACCCGGUGCUCGGUUUCCAUUAGAAAUGGCGCAAGAUCCCGAUGUUGGGAUCAACGCAGUACAGAAUUACCAGCUCAGCCAGAAUCAGUACUUUGUCUUGUCAGUGAAGGAGAGCACAAAUGGCAAUAAAUACGCAGAAUUAGUUCUGGGUAAGCAUUUGGAUCGGGAGAAGCAAAGUUACCAUCACUUGAUGUUUACGGCUGUGGAUGGGGGGGACCCAGUCAGAACUGGGACUGUUCAGAUAAGGGUUAAUGUCACUGACGCCAAUGACAAUCCCCCCGUAUUUACCGAAGAGAUCUACACAGUCAGCCUGAGUGAAAAUCUACCACAGGGCUUCUUAGUGCUUCAGGUGAAAGCCACGGAUAAAGAUGAAGGGUUACAUGCAAAGAUUGUCUACUCUUUUAGUAACAUACCCGAUAGUAUUUCUAAACUAUUCAAGAUGGAUCCUGAUAACGGAGAAAUUAUAACUAAAUGGAAUCUGGAUUAUGAAAUGGCAAACAAUUUCUUAUUGGAUGUGGAAGCGACCGACGGCGGAGGUCUGACUGCUCACUGUAAACUUCAAAUAGAAAUUCUUGACGAGAAUGACAAUGCCCCAGAGAUAACGCUGACAUCUGUGUCCAGUCUAGCCCCCGAAGACUCUUUGACGGGUACAGUGAUAGCUUUGAUCAAUGUCAUUGAUCAAGAUUCUGCUGAAAACGGAAAGGUCAUUUGUCAUUUAGAAGAAAAAUUGCCUUUUAAAAUACUAUCCUCUUCUAAUAAUUACUACAAACUCGUCACAGACAGCAUCCUGGACAGAGAAAGGACCCCGGAGUACAAUAUCACAAUCACAGCCACAGACAACGGCUCUCCCCCCCUCUCCACCCAGAAA